UUAAUUUUGAGAGCUGGACGACGACGAUAAUUGAAACAGAGCGGUAACGGAUGCCCUUGUCCUAUAGCUCCUAUAAUUCGAAAGUAUUUGAGUUUGGUUUGGCUCCGAGUCCUGCGGGAAAACUUUCUGCGGACAGAAAACUCUUACAGAAGCACGAGACAGCAAUAUACCUACCUGCUUUAGAAUCCGUGCGAAAAUCCGAGACUGGCAGGAACCAUUCAAUGGCCAACCUGGAUGCUAGACAUCACACACUCAUACAAGCUUUGCUAGCACGGGGCCCCUUGCUCGAAAAAGAUGUCAAAUCCAUGUACAACACUCUCUGCCAAAAUAGCUCAGCAGUUUCUAGAGAAAGGGACUUUCAUGAAUACAUUGGAAACAUUAACAAGGAGCUUGCCUUUCUGCAAUUUGAGGUCCGGGCCAGCACAAACCAGUAUGAUAGUCACGUGUAUUAUGGGGUGAUCAACAAGGUAGCUGAUGAGCAGGCCAAAUUGGGGACCCAGUAUUCCCUUCCUCAAAUUGCUUUCUUCAAGGCUGUGAUGGAAGCAAUUCUUCAAGAUCAGUCAGGCAAAGGGCAGAUUUCAAAUAUUGAAGCAUUGAAUAUUCGCCUUGAAACUCAGGCUAGGUCAGAAUCACAGGUUGAAGUCAGUCAGAUACCAUCGGUAUUUAAGCAAUUUUCCAUGGCUCAGAAGGAGAAAACCCUAGAAGACCUCUUGAGAAACCGAUGGCUCUGUACUACUGAAGAGGGUAAAAUUGGACUGGGAGUUCGUGCAUUCCUUGAAUUACGCAGCUUAUUCAAGGAUUUUGAAGUUCCAUUCUGUGAUGUAUGCAAUGAAGCAGGGAUCAAGGCUGAACUUUGCCGAAAUGAAGAAUGCUCGGCUCAGAUGCACAACUACUGUCUUAAAAGAAAGUUUCAACAUCAACAGGUAGCCAGAGUCUGUCCAAGUUGUGGCACUGACUGGGAUUGUUCUCAAUUGAACAUUGAAGAACCUGAUUCAUUUGGGGCUAAUGCUUCUCAAAGAACUAGAAUGGAAUCACAUGUUGAUAAAAAGCCAAGGAGAGCUUCUAAAGUUGUAGGGCAUUAGAUUCAACCCAUUUAACAAUGAAAACUAGCUAUGUUUCAUGAAAGCAAAGUAUUUAUGGCUAUUCUGUUCAAGAUUCUGUCUCAAAGUCAACUGCGGCAAAGAAUUUCAUGGCUAUUGUUCUUUACUGUUCUUUUUGGUCAAGAAUGACAUGCCCUGGUCUGUCCUACUUUUGUAAAAGCUGUAUUAUAUCAGGAGCUUUGAAUAUAAUUUUGUAAUGUCCUAUGCCGUUAUGAAUUUGAUAGAGAAUCAGCUUCAAAAUACAAAUAUGCAUCUCCGAUAUUGCAUAUGGAUGUUAUAUUUUAGCGUUUAUUGGAAUUGACUAUAAAUGUUUCUGAAUUGCACAUUGAAGAACCUGGUUCAAUUGAAGCUUACAUUUCUAAAGGCGAUUUAAGUAUGUUACACAUAGAAAGAAAGCCUAAGGGGCCUUCCCAAGAUAUAUGGCAUUAAUUUUGGCUUUAUGAAAACUGACAAUAAAAUAGCUUGGGAUUGUGGCUAUUCUGGGAUGGUUCUGUGCCAAGAUACAAGGUUAAAUUGGGCUACAGAAUAGCUUGGUGUAAAGUGGGCUAUGAUAGCAUUGUUUCUGAUAAACAAUGACAUGCCCUGGGCAAUUCUAACUCUGUAACAGAUGAAAUAACUUAAUGGACACCUUUCUUGAUGUGCGUUUGAUAGCAAUUUUAA